AUGGUUACACCAUUGGAUUCGUCCAACACUGACCCAUAUGGAUAUAGUGUGAGUUCACCAUUCAAUCUGCCCCCUUACGAUUCACUUGCUCCAAUUCCCUUGCCCGAAAAUACCCCUCCAUUUUGUGAAUAUCCACCAUCUACCCCACAAUCCCCUUCUACAAUUCUUCCAUCCCCUAUAGGAGGAUAUACACCAUCAACCCCAUCCCUACCGUAUGCACCAUUUACCCCUCAAACCCCUUCUACAAGCGUUCCAUCGCCUACAGGAGGAUACACACCAUUGCCUCCGUCCCUACCACCUUCUUCUACACCAAUAUUACCCAUCCAAAACCCACCUCCAAGUCCAUCUGAAUAUGUUCCAUCUCCAAAUACCCCAGAAAUUGUUCCUAGCCCGCCUAGUUACAUCCCAAGUCCACCAGAAUAUGUACCCAGUCCACUCAUCUAUAUUCCAAGCCCACCUAAUUACGAGCCUAGUCCACCAAGUUAUGUACCAAGCCCAACUACUAAUAUUCCCACCCCACCUGGGAUUGUAACUAGCCCACCAGUGUUUCAGCCACCUGUUGUGUUCCCGCCACCCACUGUGCCACCACCUCCAUAUCAUGGCCCACCCACGACGCUGUGGUGCGUGGCCAAGCCAUCCGUGCCUGACCCAAUAAUUCGAGAAGCAAUGAACUAUGCUUGUGGAUCUGGAGCAGAUUGUGAUCAAAUUCAGGAAAAUGGGUCAUGCUUUGAGCCCAAUACACUGUUUGCGCAUGCCUCCUAUGCCUUCAACAGCUACUGGCAAAGAACCAAGGUGGCCGGAGGAACAUGCGAGUUUGGAGGAACAGCUAUGCUGGUCACUGUGGAUCCAAGUUAUGAUGGUUGUCAUUUUAUCUACAACUGA